AUAAACACGACACAAGGACAAAUAUAUUAAUCUGUGUCCGAAAAUCAGUGGGACAUUUCAUUGCCAGGGAAUGUUUAAGUAUAAAAUCGGAGCAACAAAUAAGGUUCUGGGGGAACUCCAAGGGUCGAAGAGAAUUUGUGCGGGAAAUGGAACUGUCGAAGCUUCGUUUCGAGAACAUGCAGCUGGACUGAGAGAUGGACAGUUAAGAUCCAAUAUAAAGGAGGAAAGGGGAGGCGUAAGGAGCUGGCAAGCGGGGGAGUAGUGGUAGUCCUGUGUAGGAGAACAGAGUGGAAAUGGCGACAGCAGCAGUGUAAAUCAAAGCCAAAGCGAGCGACGAGGAGUAGAACUAUACCACAAUGAAUAGCCAGGUCAGUGAGGGGAGAGGGCUGUUAUGGAUUUAGGGUCACAGAGCGAGUGACAGGACCGAGAAAGGCCAUUUGCUAUGGAGUCAGCGCCGACCGCCAACACCCUGUUCAGACAGAUACAGCCCGAAAUCGUUUUAUUAGGCGGCGCAGUGAGUGAAGCCGCCUUCUCACAGCUCCGGAGAGCCAGGCUCAAUCUUACUUCCUGAUGGUGUCUGUGUAGAAUGUUCACGUUCCCCCUGUGACCACCUGCUUUUCCCGAGAGUAUCGCGGACCCUUCCUACGUCCUAAAGGCUUGCGGGAUACUGCCUCGCCUGCCGAGUACGUCGAUCGUUUUUCUGUGAUACUCCGCUCUACCAAGAUCCGCUUUGUUUUUGCGGGAAACGUCGCGCCGCACGGAACCGGCACACAUUCCAGCAUGACACGGAGCGGAUUGGCAGGCAGAGCCCUCGACGGAAAUCGGAACGCCUCGUAGCACAACAAGUCGUGCACUAACACUAAGAGUGAGGAGCAGCCGUGCUGGAGCGUUGACCUGUUCGCCGAAGAGUACGUGCGGGUGGUGAAGAUGACAAACACGGCUGACUGAUGUUGACAUCGCUUCAAGGACGUAGAGGUCCGCAUCGGCACUUCCUUCCUCAGCAGCAAGGACCUAGUGUUUCCGCUUCUACCGGACUUUAGCUUCGACUGGCCACCAAUUUGCUGCUGGUCGUCAUGAAGACGGCGGUGUGGAUUAUUUUGGCUGUUUGCUGGAUCGCAGGCGCGCAGAAAUGUGGGAAUGUGGCGCUCCGAGGAAAGGCCACCCAGUCCAGCACUGGACAUGGCGGAGUGGCGGACAGAGCCAUCGACGGGAAUAGAGAUACUAACUACCACAGACAUUCGUGCACUCACACAUUGCAUCAAGCACGGCCGUGGUGGAGUGUUGACCUUUUCGACGAGGUUGCUGUGUUUGUGGUGAAGAUCACGAAUAGGGGCGACUGCUGCUGGGAUCGCUUCAGAAACGCAACGGUCAUUAUCGGCAAUUCUCCGCAUCAGCACAGCAGUGGCAAAGUUUGUGGGGUGAUCAGUGCGCUGGGAGCCGGAGACACCGCUGUUCUAAAAUGCAAUUGCAUGAAAGGUCGGUUUGUCACCGUUCUCCUGGGUGGCACCGGCAUCCUGACCAUGUGCGAGGUUGAGGUGUACGUGAACGAAUCCGGCUGAAUAAAUCUGUGAAA